AUGACCGCUGUAAUGCAGCCUAGCUCGAGCCCGUUCAUGUCCCCCGCCUUCCGUCCGGGCCACGGCAUCCUCCUCAACCCAUCCCCGAGGACGACGGCCUUUCCCCUCCCGACGCCGACGCCGACGCCGCUCCCCCACCCGGCGUCGUACACCUCGCUCUCCUCCUCGUCGUCGUCAGCGGCGACGGACGAAGAUGCCCUCUACUCCUCCUCGACCGACGUCGACGCCCACCCAGCGCGCACCCACCGCUCGCGCUCGCUCCCUGCCCCCCACUCUGCGCCAGCACGCAAGAUCCGCUUCGCCCCCCUCCCCGACCCGCGCCGCGCGGUGUUCGUCACCGACGGCGGCGACGAACUUCCCAUUCCCCUGUCAGAUGAUGACGGCAUGAUCGUCUCGUCUGCCGCCAGCGUCAGCGGCGACACCAAUAACACCAAAAAAUUCACUAUUGGUAUGGACUCGCGCUCCCCCUCGGUGUCCCCUCAGGUGCAUGCAAGUACAAACUUGGACUGGGAGCUCGUUGACUCGCCGAGAAUUAAUUCGUACAAGCUCCCGCCGCCUGCGCUAGCGCCCGAGUCUCACCCCCCGUCGUUGGCGUCCUCUAUCUCGUCUCAUGCCAACUACGAAUACACCACUUCCCCCGCCCCUUCUAUGCCCUCGUCCCCAACGAACGCUUCGUGCUUCCCGGGUGCUUUACCGAGUAGCGGGAAGAGGGGCCUGACGAGCAAGCUGCUGCGUCCUUUCACGAUCAGCAAGAAGCCGUCGCUGAGCUUCUCGAAUACGAGCACUGAGAGCGUUGGCCUCCCGAGGCAAGUGUUUUUUGUCACAGUCAUCUUUAUCUUCGCCCCUCAACUCAUCACUAGGACCUCCUCGCGUGAUACCGAAUCCUUCUUGUUCGGCGUGCCCUUGCACCGCUUUUCCUCAGCACAAUCCACGCAAUCAGCCUACUCCACCGCUUCCGCGUCGACCAUCGGUCCCUCCUCAUUCACCUUCGGCGGCUCUCUCGCACGUUCCCAGUCACUGACCUCCGAGCCGGAUGACUCGCGCAAGAAGAAGCUGCUCUCCGGCAUGGGAGGUGGGAAGCGCAAGAAACGCCCGUCCUCGGCGUCCGGGUCGAUCGCCUCACUGCAAACCGGGCAGCGAUCCGCCGGCGGCGGCGUGCGCAUGCUGAACGGGCGGAUCUACGGCGCGAAGCACCACAACCAGUACCAGUACCAGAACAAGAACCCGUUCGCGACGGUGAGCUCGCGCACGGAGCCCGAGUUCGUCGAGUGGGGAUACGGCGGGAUGGGGAGUGUUGAUUCUGGUGCGGGGAAUUCGGUGUGGAAGAAGCUGCAGAGCGGAGAGACGAUUGGGGGGACGGAGGGCGGGCGGGGGGCUGCUCGGGAUGACGAGGAUGAUGGGAGCGGGAUGGGGUGGGUGAAGAAGAGAAGGGAGAAGAGGGAGAGAGAACGUAAGGAGCAGGAGGAGCGAGAGAGGGCGGAGAGGGAGAAGGCGAACCCGGAGAUUCGGGUGUCGGCGCCGCAGGAGGAGGUGGAGAGUAAGGAGGAAGAGAAACCAGUCGAAGUGGUCGCUGAGAAGGACGCGCCGGUGGAUGAGGAGGAGGAGGAGGCACCGCAGGUUGUGGCGGAGAAGGAGGAGCCGGAGCAUGUGUACACGACCGUCGCUGUGCCCGUGGUGCAGGCGCACCCGCACCCGUCCCGCACGCACUCGCACUCGGAGGAGGAGCGGGAGCGCGCCAA